AUUGAUUAAUUUUUCAUGUCAUUUUUAGUCUGUGGAAGUUGUAAAACCAACCAACAACUACACAACGAGCUGUAUGAUUCCGGUUCGGUAACUUUCCGGUUAACAGAAUUAUGUGACCCAAUUAAGUCACUCCUCUGGGUUUUAUUCCCUUUCGUUCGAGUUUCUCUCCAAGUCGAAUCGAGAAAAGGUGAUAACAUUAACAUCUCUUGUAAGAUGGGAGCUCAAGGCAAUGAGAAGCACCUCGAGGAGUGCACCGUCUCCAAUGCACUAGGGACAUGGGUGUUCUCAGUGCUAGGCGCAUUGGUUGCUAUCCCGGUUGGAAUAAAGCGCAAGUCUCUAGGUCCACUCGUGUUCUUCGGCACAACCGGAACCAUGCUCGACAUCAUCAUUGGCGUGACUCAGUGCGAGAGAGAACACGCGGAGCACCAAAAGAAGUUGCUCCAAGACUCUCAAAACGCCGAAACAAACAACAACGCAGACACCGAUUCCAUUUCCUAAAUUCCUCUUCUUACAGUUUCUUUUGCAGUAAGCAAGACUUUGUUGUCAGAUUUGUUAUGAUCAAAACUUGUUUCAGAACAAAGAAGAAAGCUUUUUGAUGA